AAUAUUUGCUGCCAUCUAUUCAAAGACUACAUAACUUGCUACUACGAAUAACUUCACUUACAUGUUUAACAUUUAGAUAAAAUACAUAAAUAGGUAUUUGAAUUUAAAUAAUCAAUUGUACAAAAAAUUGAUAAUUUAAAGUGAAAAAAAUAAAUAAAUAAUUUCUUUCUAAUCAAUGAUGAUACGUAAACAUAACCUUUAAAUUUAUUAUAUAUGCUUUAAAUUCAUUGAGUAAAGGGUCGAUAAUAUGGCUAUUUUUCAGACAUUUGGAAAAUAUGUAAAGUAUUACAAACCAUUUAAUACAAGAAUGUUACUAAAUUAUCGAAACCGUUUUUUGUUUUAUUCGUCGUAUAAUUUUUCAACCUUGAAUGACAAAAAGUCACAAAGCCUUUAUCACUAUUUAUACUCGAAAAUUUUAGCCUGUGGACCUAUUACAAUUCAUGAUUACAUGAAAGAAAUUUUAACUCAUCCAACUGUAGGAUACUAUAUGAAUAAAGAUGUUUUUGGAAAACAGGGCGAUUUUAUAACAUCACCAGAAAUUACACAAUUAUUUGGAGAAAUGAUAGCCAUUUGGAUGAAAUAUGAAUCGCACAAGAUUUCUAAGGGUCCUUUUCAAAUAGUUGAAUUAGGUCCAGGUAGAGGAACUUUAAUUAAAGAUAUAUUAAGGGUGUAUAAACAAUUUAAAUCUCUAGAUAAUAUAUCAGUACAUUUAGUUGAAGUUAGUCCUACUUUGUCUUUGAUUCAGGCAAAGAAUUUAUGUAAAACGAUUACAGAAUAUGAUACAAAAAUUAAUGAAUCUAAAAGUAACCCUAUCAAUUACUAUAGAGAAGGUAUUACAGAAGAUGAAAUAAAAGUAUAUUGGUACGAUUCCAUUAAGGAUGUGCCUAAAAAUUUUAGUAUAUUUUUAGCACAUGAAUUUUUUGAUGCAUUACCAAUUCAUAAAUUUCAGAAAACUGAUAGAGGCUGGUGUGAAGUUUUAGUAGACAUAAUUCAAGGAAGUAAUGAAGAGAAAUUUUGUUAUGUGUUAUCAAAUGCUCCAACACCUGCUACCUUUUAUAUAUCAAAUGAUGAAAAAAGAGAACAUGUUGAAAUUAGUCCAGAAAGUUUAAUAAUAGUGGAUUACAUAGCAAACUUUUUAUGGGAAUGUGGUGGAUUUGCUUUAAUUUGUGAUUAUGGCCAUAAUGGUGAUAAAACUGAUACUUUUCGUGGAUUUUCUCAACAUAAAAUACAUGAUCCACUAUUACACCCAGGAGCUGCAGAUUUAACAGCAGAUGUUGAUUUUGCAGCUAUUAAAAAAAUUGCAGAGAAAGAUGAUAGGUUAAUAACUUUUGGACCAGUAACUCAAUCAAGCUUUCUACAAAACCUUGGAAUUGAUUUAAGAUUGCAAAUGCUCUUACAAAAUGCUUCAGAAGAAAGAAAGAAAUCAUUACGAACAGGAUAUCAUAUGAUAAUGGAUGAAGAUAAAAUGGGAACACGUUUUAAAGUUUUAUCACUAUUUCCGUCUAUUUUAAAAGAAUAUUUCGAAAAAGUACCAGUAACAGGUUUUUAUUAAACAUGAAGAUUGCAAUAAACUUUAUUCAUCUAUACUAAAAUUUUUGUAAAAAAAAUUAUGU